AUGCCGUCUCGAGUCUUUCAAUGCAUACCUGGAGAUAUGAAUGACACCCAUGGCAAGGGCAAUAUCAGUGCUGCUGUGGAACUGUUCCAGCUCAUCAUGUACACCCCCACUUUUAUCCUGGGACUGCUGUUCAACAUAAUGGCUCUGUCAUUCCUGUUUUUUAAGGUUAAAAAGCUGUCAGAAUCUACAGUUUACAUGAUAGCCCUUAUAUUCCUGGAUACUUUGCUGUUGUUUACUCUUCCUUUUAAAAUAAUUUCCUACCACCUUCAGGACAACUGGAACUUGGGGUCUGUGUUUUGCUCCACCUUGGAGAGUCUUUACUUUGUGAACAUGUACGGCAGCAUCCUCAUCUCCCUGAGCAUCUGCGUGGACCGGUACAUCGCGAUCCGGCACCCGUUUGUGGCCCUCAGCCUCAGGUCCAUCAAGAAAGCUGCCAUGGUCUGUGCUCUCAUCUGCCUGGGCACCUCUGUGGGGACAGUCUCUACUUUCCAACUGCAUGGAAAGGGCCACAACAUCUCAUCCUGCUUCCAUAACUUUGCCAAGAGCACGUGGGAGAACGCAGGCCUGUUCAGCACGCUGCAGAUCAUCUUCUUCGGCAGCAUGGCAGCCGUGACCUUCUGCACUGCCCAAACCCUCCGGUGCCUGAGAAGGCACAGAAACCCAGACAACCCCCAGACACACAGCACCAGAGCACAGAGGAUCGUGGUGACAAACCUGGUGGCCUUUUUGGUGUGUUUCACACCUUACCACCUGGCAUACUUCUUAUACUUUUUGGUGAAGAACAACAUCAUCCACAUCAGUUUUCAACACGUGCUACGAGACACUGUUCAGGUCACGCUCUGCUGGGCAAACCUGAACUGCUGUCUUGAUGGGGUGUGUUAUUAUUUUGUUUUAAAGGAGUCCUUGGAAGACACGUUGCAAAACAAUGAAAAAAGAGCCACAGAAAAGCCUUGAUUUAUGUUCAUUACUUGGGAUGAUGUGUGGAGAGGCUUUUGUGGACAGUACAGGGUUCUGAACUUCUUGCCUAAGCAGUUUGCUUUAAAUAUUCACAGCUGAAAAUAUUUCCUAAAAACCAGAACUAAAUCCAUUUCCAGGAGACUGUUCCUAACUUUUUUUAUCUCUUUCCAUAAUGUUUCUUUUUAUUAUU